UGACGUCACGAGCUGCUACACCGCGCUCGCUCUCACAGAUCCGAGAAUUGGUCUGAUGGAGCAAAGGCACUCAGCGCGGCUCGGUAAAAAAAGACAACAAUGGGACCAGUAUGCAAACAGCAUGGAUUGUACUGGAAAUUUUACACAGGACCAGAGAUCUCCAACGGGAGAGAAACCCUUCAAGUGCACUGUGUGUGGGAAGGCAUUUUCAGAUUCAUCUGCUCUUAAAAAACACCAGAGAACUCACACAGGAGAGAAACCCUUCAAGUGCACUGUGUGUGGGAAGGCAUUUUCAGAUUCAUCUGCUAUUAAAAAACACCAGAGAACUCACACAGGAGAGAAACCCUUCAAGUGCACUUUGUGUGGGAAGGCAUUUUCAAGUUCAUUUCAUCUUAAAAGACACCAGAGAAGAAACACAGGAGAUAAUCCCUUCAAGUGCACUGUGUGUGGGAAGGCAUUUUCAGAUUCAUCUGCUAUUAAAAAACACCAGAGAACUCACACAGGAGAGAAACCCUUCAAGUGCACUUUGUGUGGGAAGGCAUUUUCAAGUUCAUUUCAUCUUAAAAGACACCAGAGAAGACACACAGGAGAUAAACCCUUCAAGUGCAGUGUGUGUGAUAUGGCAUUUUCACAGUCAUCUCAUCUUAAAAUCCACCAGAAAACACACACAGGAGAGAAACCCUUUAAGUGCAGUGUGUGUGAGAUGGCAUUUUUACAGUCAGCAAAUCUUAAAAAGCACCAGAGAACGCACACAGGAGAGAAACCCUUUAAGUGCAGUGUGUGUGGGAAGGCAUUUUCAAGUUCAUAUUAUCUUAAAAUACACCAAAGAAUACACACAGGAGAGAAACCCUUCAAGUGCGGUGUGUGUGAGAUGGCAUUUUCAAGUUCAUCUAAUCUUAAAAUCCACCAGAGAUCGCACAAAGGAGAGAACCCCUUCAAGUGCGGUGUGUGUGAGAUGGCAUUUUCAUAUUCAUCAAAUCUUAAAAUGCACCAGAGAACGCACACAGGAGAGAAACCCUUUAAGUGCACUGUGUGUGGGAAGGCAUUUUCAAGUUCGUCUAAUCUUAAAAUACACCAGAGAAUACACAAAUCUCCAACGGGAGAGAAACCCUUCAAGUGCACUGUGUGUGGGAAGGCAUUUUCAAGUUCAUUUUAUCUUAAAAUACACCAGAGAACACACACAGGAGAGAAACCCUUCAAGUGCACUGUGUGUGAGAAGCCAUUUUCAAGUUCAUUUUAUCUUAAAAUACACCAGAGAACACACACAGGAGAGAAACCCUUCAAGUGCACUCUGUGCGAGAUGGCAUUUUCACAGUCAUCUAAUCUUACAAUCCAUCAGAGAACGCACCAAGGCGAGAACCCCUUCAAGUGCAGUGUGUGUGUGAAGGCAUUUUCAAGUUCAUAUUAUCUUAAAAUACACCUGAGAACACACACAGGAGAGAAACCCUUCAAGUGCAGUGUGUGUGGGAAGGCAUUUUCAAGUUCAUUUUAUCUUAAAAAACACCAGAGAACACACACAGGAGAGAAACCCUUCAAGUGCAGUGUGUGUGAGAUGGGAUUUUCACAGUCAUCUAAUCUUACAAUCCACCAGAGAAUGCACAAAGGAGAGAACCCCUUCAAGUGCAAUGUGUGUGAGAUGGCAUUUUCACAUUCAUCAAAUCUUAAAAUGCACCAGAGAACGCACACAGGAGAGAAACCCUUUACGUGCAGUGUGUGUGGGAAGGCAUUUUCAAGUUUGUCUUAUCUUAAAAUACACCAUAGAAUACACACAGGAGAGAAACCCUGCAAGUGCAGUGUGUGUGAGAAGGCAUUUUCAAGUCCAUCUAAUCUUCAAAUGCACAUGAGAAAGCACAAAGGAGAGAACCCCUUCAAGUGCAGUGUGUGUGAGAUGACAUUUUCAUAUUCAUCAAAUCUUAAAAUGCACCAGAGAACGCACACAGGAGAGAAACCCUUUAAGUGCAGUGUGUGUGGGAAGGCAUUUUCAACUUCGUCUUAUCUUAAAAUCCACCAGAGAAUACACACAGGAGAGAAACCCUUCAAGUGCACUCUGUGCGGGAAGGCGUUUGCACAGUCAACACAGCUUAAUACACACCAGAGAACACACAGGCAUCAGAAGAUCCCCAAGGAGUGUAGUCUGAAAUCGACUUGUGAAAGUCAAAGUGCUGCAAUGAGCCCAUCCCUCCUGAAAAAAGAACCAGAAGUAAAUUCCAGCUUGGACACUAUGAAAUGUAUCAAGGUGAAAUUUGAAGAGGCGACAGUGACCAGCGAAGAAGUGACAGUGAAGAGCGAAGAAGUGAAGGUAAAAUGUGAAGAUGAACAUUCAACUCCAAAAUCGGACCUUCACGUCAAUGGAGGCAACGUGAAACAGGAGGAGAAUUCUGACUGUGAGGCAGAGCAAGGCAACUCCAAGCAGUUUGUGGAAGUGGAGGUGUGGGUGGACUUCUUAGACAAUACAAAUUCAAAUGGAGAACCUGUAGAUGUGUAAGCUUGAGACAAUGAAGCUCCAAUAGAUUCACAUUUGUCACAGGCCUUUAAUGAAAAGAACGUGAAGUUGAACACUCCAUUCCUAGGUUCAACCUGCAGCGGUCAGUAUUUGCGGACCUGUGGGUUGGGUAGAUCUCUAACUAGGAGCGAGAGCCAAUAAGCUCCCAAGCAUUCACUAUGUUAUAAUAAUAGCAUUUAUAUGGUGCUUGCUUAAUCGCCUCAGCAACUCGGAGUUUUGUAUCAUCUCAUCACAAAUACUCGAAGAGCACGCCUUUUGGCGUCCUCUGGAUUAACACCGUUUGAUACUAGGCUCUAAAGAAAGCUAUCUCUGGUGUGGACCAAUCAGUUUCAAAGACAAUGCAUAUGUUGUGUCCUAUGACUAACCACACGGUGAUCCGAGGGGAGAGAAAUUCACGUAAAGACAGAGACACGACCCAUACAUCGAGACUACUGCGAGUUACAGAAGACUACAAGUGACAAAGAGUACUGCGACGGGCAGACUCCGGGGCAUGGCCUCGAGAUCAACAAUGGGUGUUGUAUCUCGCAGAGAAGAGGGGCGAGGUGAUGCUCGGUGCUGAGUUCGGCAUGGACCGACAGAGUAUCGCUGAGAGUUUUAUUCUACAUUCAUCCUGAUGUUUUCAGUUGCUUUCAAAGUCAAGGAUUGCGAUAAGUUGUAUUGUACUAAGCUUUCACAGUUGUUCAAGAGGUGUGUGAAUACAAUUUACAAGUUUUGAGAGUGAGUUCCAGCUCCCAUGAGCAGCUGCGAUCGGCAGGCUCCGGGGAACCUGCCCCCGUGACUGGCACAUCGUCAACGAGCUGCACCAGCAGAAGCCACGAGUCUACGAAAUCAACGCAAAGAGUUGACUUACUGCAAGCGGCAAGCUCUGGGGUGGGACUCUGCAAUCAACCAAGGAUGAAGAGGCUUGCCGAGUAGCAAUUGGUCACCGAAUACGAGCUCGGCGCUGACGGAAGAAGUAUCGCUCAAAGUUAUUCUACAUUGAGUGCCAGCUCCCACGAGCAGCUGCAGACCGAGAGAUAGAGUGACGAGCAACGACGAGCAAUCACCCGGGAGAAAGGGUGGAAGCCCAAUCAUCGACCAAGCCAGCAUCGCAGAGAACCAGCUGCACGCGCAACCAGGCAUCGCCAGAGAGCACGGAGCCGGAGAGAGAGCGCAGCAGCGCCACCGAGCACUGGUGUCAGCUGCCAGCGGACGAGCGGCGAGGGCUGUCAAGCACCUUCAAAGACAAGCAUCGUGUCGACUCAGCUCAUCCAGCAGGGGAAAAAUCCUGACGAGCCGCCCGUGAGGAAGAGGAGAGCGCCGUGGGUUCGACCCACACGCACCGACCAGCACCAGCUGUGAACCAAGACAAGAGUGAGGAACGGCAACCAGCAGACGAGCUGCGGGCGCUAUCUGACGACGGAAUUAUCGCGCACCGCCGACGGCGAGCAUCGUGCCGACUCUUCAUCCAGCAGUGGGUAGCAGCUCCAGCUGCCGCCGAGCGAGAGAGAGCGAGGAAGCUGUGUGUAUGACCCUCCCCCACACUCACAUACUCACCAUGUAUCACCCAGCGUCUGCUUGACGCGAAGAAUUGAUCAAGGAGACAAAACCACCAAACACACACCGCACAUACCGGGACUAAUAAUAAGAAGAAGAAUGAUAAGAGUGCGUCAACUAUUAGCUGAUAAUGAAGAACAUUGCUGCCCAUUGAGUCACAUGGAUACGGUCGUUGAGAAGUAUUAGUCGUUCUUUUUAUUAAUUUUAACUGUACCGAUUAAUUCAUUGACGAAACUAAACGUUUAGAAACCUACGUUACGAAUCCACACACUCACAGGGAGACUUGUGUGUAAAUCUUUCUUUUGAUCACAGAAUCUUGCCCGCGAAUUUAUUGAAGCCUUAGCCAAUUGAUAAGCAUUUUCUGAAGCAGACACACUGCCGCACACCAUUUUUCAAAGACGUUUAGUUAAUUACAUAAUCUACCAAUGAAUUCAUUGAGGUCUACUUUUGCAUUCGGGACAUGUUUCUUUAUUGCCGUUCGUAUGAAUAUUGUCACAUUAUUUUUAAGGACUUUUUCCUAUGCUCGCGUUACUCUGAGGAAUUAACCGAUUGCUCUGUUACCCAGUUUAACAACGUAAUCAUUGAGGGUUAAAUGUACGGAUCAAUGAGGAGCACAUCUCCAGGAGUACUGUGUUGACAAUUCCAAGCAUAAUAGUUCGCAUAUUAGAGUGUUAUGUUUUUGUUUAGAAUUUAAAGUUGCUUAACACAGAAGUGUCUGAGUCGUUCCUUCUUAAGUUCAUGCAUAAUGACCUUAAUUAUAAGAACUGUAUCCUUUGGCGAGAUCUGGAUUCUGAGACCUGGUAGAAUUACACUAAAAUAUAAUCAGUAAAAGUUAC